ACCCUGGCAAGGGGGGACGACAAGGUCACCUAUGAAAAAGGAAAGAAGGAGCAUCCUCUUGAGACGGCUACAAAUUGAUGAUAUGGGCGAUCGUGCCAUCAGCACCACUUUAUGGGCUUUUUCUUCUCUCCUUCUCUGUGCGCCUGUGGCUUCUGGUUUGCUGGAGGAGGAGUGAGAGAAGAGCUGGCAGGAGAAUUUCCAUACGUUAUUGUUGCUGUUGUUUUUGUCUGCGUAGUAAUGGGCACUUGCGCGUGUGUCUGUGCAUGCCUGCAUGCCAGCCCCGCAGCCGUGUCCCUCUCCCUCCUUCCUCCCUUCCCCAUCCAUGCACAGCAUGAUAUAAACAAACCUGCCUCUGGACAUGUCAUGGCUUAAAAUAGAUGUUCAUACAUCAGCCUUUCUCCAGCGGCGGCGGCAGCGGGGAGACAUGGCCGACUGGAUCUGACUACAACACCCGCUCCCCCGGCAAAUCUCAGCCCUCGCAAAGGACCGUGGGUGGCAGCAGCAGCAGAAGGGACCUCCAGGCCACCCUCCGGCCUUCACGACCCCACAGGUAUGCCUUGUGGGUCUCGGCAGCCCCGAUGGCUUUCCUGUCCAGGUUCUCCAGGAACGGCACCAGGUCGCCGAGCCGCGGCUCGCGGGACGAGCGCAGCAAGCACCCCAUCCUCAGCGUCUUCGAGCUCGAGAGGCUGCUGUACACGGGCAAGACCGCCUGUAAUCACGCUGAUGAGGUCUGGCCAGGACUCUACCUGGGAGAUCAAGAUAUAGCGGCCAACCGGCGGGAGCUGGCUCACCUGCGCAUCACCCACGUCCUCAACGCCUCGCACAGCAAGUGGAGGGGGGGCGCCGAGUACUACGAGGGCACGGGCAUCCGCUACCUGGGCAUCGAGGCCCACGACUCGCCGUCCUUCGACAUGAGCCCCUACUUCUACCCUGCAGCUGAUUUCAUCCACCAAGCGCUGAACGAAGGAAGGAUCCUUGUGCACUGUGCUGUCGGGGUGAGCAGGUCGGCCACCUUGGUCCUCGCCUACCUCAUGAUCCGCCACCACAUGCCCCUUGUAGAAGCCAUAAAGACGGUCAAGGACCACCGCGGCAUCAUCCCCAACCGGGGCUUCUUGCGCCAGCUGGUCGCCCUGGACAACGCCCUGAGGAUGAAGAGGAGUGCGUGAAGGAUGAUGAGCGGUUGUGCGGGGGGAGCCGGGUGUGUGCAGCGCUCACUGGACCGCGGUGCCCGCUGAGUGGCAGAGACGGGGCUCUCUGCACCGUGCAGACGCUUGGCAGCUUGUGGUUCACAUGUAACUGGCCCUGGGUGUCCUGCUCGGCUAAAGGGGGGUCCCCAGACAUGCGAGCUAUAGUGGUAAAGCAUAAACCCUCAGCCUGCAAUCCUGCAACCUCGGUCAGCCUCCUGCACCGUCUCCUUCCCAGCCUGCUCGCUCCAAGAUGCCUCCGGAGGGACUCGGCCCCACGUUUCGGGUUAAUAUCUCCCUGUUGGCUCCAGGAAGCCUUUAAGGCUUCAUUCCCCCAGGUGGUGGAUGCAUUUGCCAAGCCAGUCCCAUUCCUCCCUCCCAGGAGACUGAAGCUCUGUGUGUUCCUUGUCUUGUUUCCCAUUUGUUCUUGGUCUGUGUAGCGAUGUGAUAUAAUCUGGUCCGUGAUAUAAUUUGGUCUGGUGUGUGGGCUCAGGCAAACAGGCCUUUUUUGUCAUAGUGUUUGGGUGUCCUCCAUGCCUAGUGUUAACCUGUAAAAAUAGAGUGCUAAGAAAAAAGCUUGGCUGUCC